CCAGGGUAAAGGUCAAGUCCUGUUAGCUCACGUUGAUCUGUCUACAGAAUAUUUUGUUGUAUCUGCACAACCGGCAUCGAAUAUGGGCAAAAUUAAAGGAGGACCGGUUGUGGAAAUGCAGGGAGAUGAGAUGACGCGGGUAAUUUGGGAUCUCAUCAAACAGAAACUGAUUUUGCCGUUUGUUGAUUUAGAGCUUCACACAUAUGACCUUGGCAUUGAGAACAGGGAUGCAACUGAUGAUCAAGUGACCAUAGAUGCUGCCUUUGCCAUUAAGAAAUACAAUGUGGGUAUUAAAUGUGCCACCAUUACUCCUGAUGAGAAAAGAGUGGAAGAAUUUAAACUGAAGAAAAUGUGGAAAUCUCCGAAUGGGACAAUUAGAAAUAUCCUUGGAGGAACAGUAUUCCGAGAGGCCAUCAUAUGUAACAACAUUCCCCGUCUGGUACCUGGCUGGACAAAGAGUAUUGUCAUAGGCAGACAUGCUUAUGGAGAUCAGUACAAAGCCACAGACUUUGUGGUACCUGGUCCUGGGAAACUUGAGAUGAAGUUCACACCAAGUGAUGGCGGAGAAGCAGUCAACUACACAGUGUUUGAAUUCCAAGAUGGCGGUGGUGUCUCUUUAGGAAUGUACAAUACAGAUAAGAGUAUAACAGAGUUUGCACACAGUUCAUUUGUGUUUGCCUUGGAGAAAGGCUGGCCACUUUACCUGAGCACUAAGAACACAAUCCUGAAGAAAUAUGAUGGUCGAUUCAAGGACAUCUUUCAAGACAUCUAUGACAGAGAGUACAAGUCCAAGUUUGAGGCUAAGUCCAUCUGGUAUGAACAUCGUCUGAUUGAUGACAUGGUGGCCUACGCGAUGAAGUCAGAAGGAGGCUUUGUGUGGGCCUGCAAGAACUAUGACGGAGAUGUCCAGUCGGACUCGGUUGCUCAAGGUUUCGGAUCCUUGGGUAUGAUGACUAGUGUCCUGAUUUGUCCGGACGGUAAAACAAUAGAGUCGGAGGCUGCCCAUGGAACAGUUACAAGACAUUACAGAAUGCACCAACAGGGCAAGGAGACAUCCACCAACUCUAUAGCAUCCAUAUUUGCAUGGACAAGGGGUUUAAUACAUAGAGCCAAACUGGACAAGAAUGGUAGCCUGAAACAAUUUGCUGAGAGCCUGGAGCGUGCCUGUGUGGAUACGAUAGAGUCAGGAAUUAUGACAAAGGAUUUGGCCAUUUGUAUCAAAGGAAUGAAUGGAAUUGCCCGCAAGGAUUAUCUGAACACAUUUGAAUUUAUCGACAAAGUAGCCGAGGAUCUGCAAAAGAGAAUGGGCCAAUUAAGUUGACUAGACAUGGAGGAUGAACCAGCAAGUCGACUGUGAAGUCAGUUGGAAUGUUGGCUUCAUUAGGAUUUUCAAAUUUAGGAUCCAGAUGACAACAUUUAGUUAAUGAUAUUUCCAUGUUGUGACAUGUCUUAAUGACAUGAGUAUUGGACAGAAAUCUUGAUCGGCUAAGGGAUCACCAUAACAAUCAUAGCACCUGUUUGCUUACUGGAUAAUUUUGAAUGAUGAUGCCAAAAUCAGUUAAUUCCACAAUAAUUCUGUUACUGACUUUGUUGUUUAGUUAUGUCUUUCUCUUUUUUUAGUUGAUUUUUAAAGGAAAAUUUAUGUUCUUUUGUUCUAAGUUAAUUUUCUUUACUGUAUAGAGUAAAUGUAUAAUGUUUUAAAAAAUCAAAAUGUACAAUUCGUGAUUGUUUAUGUAAUGAGUUUGCAACUACUUUGUUAUGUCAUGUCUGUAGUAGUUCUCGAUAAUUUGAGGUCUUUUUUUUUAAUGUCCAUUUCAUCUUCAAUUUCCCUUCUAACUACAGGUUGGUUAAGUUCCUAUUUACCAUGAUCACUCUGAUGGGUUGGCUGUUACUGUAGUAUCUCUCAAGUCGUAGCUAGUAUCUUGCAGAUUGACGGAUAUUCAUCUUUCCAUGAAGUUAUUUUGCCAUCAUUUCAGAAAGUGUCUAACAGAUAAGUGAGCUUUUUGCUAGUACGGUAUCGACAGAUUGGUAGGGCCUUUCCAUGAAUGUGCUGGUAGAUCUUGGAGCUUAAUCGAACUUUCUACAGAAGUCUUUGUAUAGAUAGAAGUCUUCCAACAUUUCAUAAUGUGAUAUGGGUGCUUGAUAUCAUCAGGUUGGUUAUAUUCUACAGUGCUUGUACUAAAUGGAGCAUGUAGUUGUCGUGUUCAUGGCCUGGAAGUCUGUGUGAAGUAGAAAUCUCCAUCUCUCCUGACACCAGCUUUGUAGGAUCAUAACCUAUUUAUCUUAUGGUGUUCUCAAAUUUCAGUCACUAAUUUGUUUUCGAAAUAAAAUCUACAAAGUUUUAUUCCGUUGGAUAAAGUUUUUGUAGGAUAUUUCUGUAUUUGGGUUUUAAUAUUACUAAUGUUGAGGUCAGUAAAUGUACAAUAUUUUAAUCAGAUAUUCUUUUAUACUAUUUAAACUUUUGCUGGAUAUAUUUUAUGUAAUAUUUCAUUACUUUGUAAUCUCUUACAAAUAAAUUUUAAAGAUACAAUCAAUGUUAAAAUUUUUUAACUUUACAGUUUACCCCUACACUGGUGUUACUGUUAUUUUUUAUCUACUUAUACUGUUUAAAUGUAUUCAUAAUUUACCAUUUUCAGGUUCGAGUUGAUCUCUUUUAUUAUCACAAGUUGUUUUUUUUUUUUUUUUUUUUUUCAGUCUGUUUUUGAAGUUGUACCUAUAAUGUAAUCAGUUUUAUACUUUGUAUAGGAACAAUAACUUAAGUUUAGGUGUUGGGUGAUUUAAAAUCAAAAAAGGAGAAAGUGAAUCCUAUUGUUUUGACUUGUUGCAUGAUUGUGUGUGAAUUUGAAUGUGAUUACAAUGGUGAGAAACAGGGAGAUUGUAACAACUUGGAAAAGUAGGGAAAUCACAAGAUGGUGGGUUUAUAGUAUUGCUUUGUUUUGGAGGAUGUAGUUACCAGGGUUUGAAAUGUUAUUGUAGUCUAGAUAUUAAAAAAUAUAAUUUUGAUAUUGAAUUAUAUUUUUGUUAACUUUAAAAAAAACUGUUUAUGUGCAAUCACAUGUUUUUAAUUGGUUUAAUGUGAAGAUCUAAUUUAUGGGUAAAAAUUACUAACAUUUUAAUUUGAUGUCAUGAUAAAUGGAUUAAAGAAAUUAUAUAUAUA